AACGUCGAUAGUUUACCUUGGAGAUAGAAUUUGGCCUAUGCAACUUUUUAGAUCUAGAAUCGCAUGGAUUUCAGUGUACAAGGGAUGGCAACACCCCGCAGCAAUGCACGUCACUUGCCUGGAAGUGCUAGAGGGAGACCACAGAUCAACCCAAUCACUGGGGAAGAAAUGCAUGUGACUACACCAAGGCUACAAAGUAAACCAGUUGCUGAAACUGAUACCAAUGUUGUCCCAUCACUUGAUCUAAAAUACCUUAAAGAUGAUUUAGUAAAGACUGGCGCCUUAGAUAUUGACCUACGGAUUGAUGAUUAUUCUCUGGAAACUCCAAACUCAGCUAGCACUGUCAGUUGGGGUACAGGGAGGAGCAGUUACAGACCAAGACCAGUUCAACAGGUAACAAAGAAUAACACGACCACUGUUCGACCUCAAGGGGUCCCAGGGCUGGACUUAAGUGUUUCCAGACCAGCAUCUGCAAAAAAACAAGGUCCAAAGCAGCCCACAGCAUGGGACAAGGAAGCUGUUCCACUAGACAUACCCCCACCCUCCUCAAGGCAUAAGGAGCUGUACCAACAAUAUGCAGAUGAAAUGAAACAGUCAUAUAGAGCCCAUGCUAAUCCCUCCCAGAAAAAAGUUGAAACUACAUCAGAGCAGGUUUACAGUUCCAGAGAAACAGAGAAGUUGAGAGACAAGAAUUUUAUUGCUGAUGAAGAGGAGGAGGAUGAAAACAGAAUGAACGACAACUGGACAAAAGAGCGCUACUCAGGGAAGCAGUUGAUUAAAAAGAAAGACAUAGAAGAUCUUCUUGAGCACAACAAGAAACAAAAGUUGGUGGAAACAGUAAUGAUUGACCAGCUGUCAAGGGCAGUGAUCAGUGACCCAGAACAAAAUGUCAUGCAUACAAGUCGUCCUAGCUCAUCCCGCAGAGGGAGGGGAACCAACAGAUAUCUGCAUGACACAAAAAUCAGCACAGCUUCAACUGCCACAGAAAAUCUCUUAUCCAAACGUGUUCGGUUUGGGGCAAGGAUAUUGACCCGUGAUGGACACAAUGCUAUGCGAGAGCUGACUGGGUUUUUCUUUGAUUUUGACAAAACUCUUACAGUUUAUGAAUUCUGGCAGUUUGGGAAAAGCGCCAAAGCUAUGCCCUUUAUAUACAGAGGACAGUAUUUCCAUAAAUCUGGUCCUAAAAGUGGUCUCCCUUACAGUUUAUCAGAUAUAUACACUGGAGCUAACUUAAAAAUACCAACUGAAGGUCAACUGGCCCUUACAGAUUCACUGGCUAAAAAUAAAUUUAUCGUCCUGCGUAUCACAGAGGUUGAUGAGCAAGAGAGGCAGCAGCUCUUGGCUGAACAUGCAGAUGAGAGUGAGCGCCUCCAUGCACCAAGCAAACUUGACGUAGAAAAUCGUGAAUUCUUAUACAUGAUUCAAGAUAUGGUCCAACAAAAGCUAGCCAAGCGAGGUGUCAAGACAAUUACAGGACUUGGAAGAUUUUACCGUAAACUUGACCAGUACAAUACUGGCAUUCUUGACCAGUAUGACUUGGAGAAGGGGAUUAAAAUGUUUCGCUUAGAUCUGGAUCCUGAUAAAUUAGAAGAAGUUUUUGAUAUACUGGAUCCUGAAGGAAAUAAACUGUUGGACUAUGGAGACUACAUGCAUGGUGUUAUUGGUGAGAUGAACGAAUACAGGAAGGCUCUAGUCAGGAAGGCAUUUGGCAAGCUGGACAGUGGCAAAAAAGGAGCCAUUCACAUCAGUGAUGUCAACAAAUUUUUUAAUGUCAACUCCACAUACAAAACAGAUGGUGACACAAGCGUCAGUGCCCUACAAUCAUUUCUUGAGGCUGUCAGAGAUAACGAGAAACAAGAACUUAUUUCAUACAUUGAGUUUGAAGAGUAUUACGAGGGACUGAGUGUUGCAAUAGACAAGGAUGAAGAUUUUGCUAACGUGUUGCGUAACACAUGGAACAUAUAGUCUCGUAACACAUGGAACAUAUAGCUGCGUAACACAUGGAACAUAUAGCUGUACCAGAAUGUUGUCAUUUCAAGGAGGAGGAAGUCAAAAUCUUGGAAUAUUUUCUCUUGGGAUAAAAGAAUAUCAUUGUUUUGUUUGAGUCGGUCAAGCUGAGCUGGUGUUAGUUUUGAGGUUAAUUCUUCUUCACCUGCGUAUGUUACCUGUGAUAUAUGUCAUCAACUGUGACAGACAUCUACAUAACUGUCAGUGACAGGCACCUCUGAGUGCCAGUGACAGACAUCUACAUAACUGACAUGAGAACUGCUGGCUUGUAAUGAUGAAUGCAUAUGUUGUGACCUCUGCUCUCUCAGUGAUUCUCAAACUCACUUUUAUGCCAUUGUCACUGCCACUGUAAUUAAUAUUAUGUAUAAAAUUUGUUUAUUCAAUGA